GGUACGUCUAACUAUUCGAGACUUGGCUCUUGGUUGGUGCGAUAUGCAGAUAAGCAAAGUUAUCUCAAGGGAGACAGAGACCAACACGCUUCCCGGAAAACGACGGCUGACUUCCUUUCUCUAGAAAUUUCUAAAAGUUUCUAAAAGAAAGUUCGAAAAUUAAAUUUUUGAACAGACCCAUGGCGUCCUCCAACUCCAAGUCGUCACCUCAACCUGCCCAAAAUAAGGGGACCACAACCCGGCCCCCAAACGGGGUCAAAGUCUUCCUCGACACAAUGCGGCUCGCCGACCACGACGCCAUUAAAAAGGAAUGUGAGGCCAUCCUUAUCCGGAAGAUAAGCCCGGAAAACGCGGUGUACCUGGCCCAAAACGCCCCCUCCGUCAAUGCAUUGGCCUUGGAGGAGAAGGCAAUCAAUUACAUUUUGGACAACGACGUCCUCGAUAAGAGAAUGACGGCGACUGAAAUGUCCAAUUUUUUAGGAUUGGAUCUCUUCGAAAGGUUGGGGAUUGCUGUAAUUUCACGAAUGAUGCUGCAGAACAUGAGGCAGCGGAUGAAAAUGAGAGGGGGGAAAGGGUUCCAAUGAUAUGUGAUCCAUUGUUUUAAAAUGUUGUCUAAAAAUUUCCUAUUUUUACGUAUUAUACAUAGUUUAUCCAGGUCUAAUGAAAUUUUACUUAAUUUUCACAUCAUCCAUGCAACUUUAAAUUCAGUAGAACCUCAAUUAAUAAAAAUAUCUAAUUGAUCAUCAUCAAGCAGUAAAAGUUUAAUUAAUAAA